GUCAGAGCUUCCGACCCAUCAAAACGAAGGCGACGCGAACACAAAUAGGGUUAGGGAGGCGGCGGCGGCGGAGGCGGAGGCGAGACCGCGAGAGCGGAGAGAGCGGAGGCGGAGGUCGGAGGCGGGGGAGAUGACGGGGAAGGCGAAGCCGAAGAAGCACACGGCGAAGGAGAUCGCGGCGAAGAUCGACGCGGCGACGACGAACAGGGGCGGCGGGAAGGCCGGGCAGAAGGACCGGCUCGGGCAGGACAAGGGCGGCCACGCCAAGCUGGAGUGCCCGCUCUGCAAGACCACCGCCCCCGACAUCAAGUCCAUGCAGAUCCACCACGAGGCGCGCCACCCCAAGCUCCCCUUCGAGCCGGAGAAGCUCAACAACCUCCACUCCACCGGCGGCGGCGGCGCCGCCGCCGCCGCCGGAGAGGCCACCACCUCCAAGCCCAAGCCCGGUGUCCGCGGCAGCCUCAAGAAGUAACCGUAAUCGAAUCCGCCCACCCAAAUCUACUAUUACCACCUGCCGCCGAUUCCUGGCUUCCUGCCGCAACAGUGCGGGUGCUUGCUACUUCUGCUGCUACUGUUUUUGCAUUUACUACUAGUUGUUGCUAUGCCGUGUGAUAAUCUAUACAUCCCCUGUGUGACUGUGUUCCAUCGCAUCUUCAUCGGCAUGUUUAAUCAUGUGUCACAACUCUAUGGUGCUGUCAAUGGAUGAUAAUGUUUUAUGUCUA